AUGUCUAUAACUAUACAAGGUCGUUUUAUUUUAAAUUAUUCUCUAAAUUUUUUAUCAGCUAUUUUAUUAAUUUAUGUAUCAAAAUGGCUUUUUCGUCAAUAUCCUAUUACAAGUUUAACAUUAACUAUAUUCAAUUGUUUUUAUUCCGGAUUUUUUGCAUGGAUUAUUUUACAAUUUCUAUCAAAAAUUUCAAUAAAAAAUAUUCAAACAUCAACCAAUCGUUUUAAAUCAUUAUUACGUUUACUUCUUAUCUCAACAUCAUUUUCAGCAUUUAUAACAUUUAGUAAUUUAUCAUUACAAUAUAAUACUAUAGGUACAUAUCAAUUAAUUAAAUUACAAGUUCCACCAACUUUAAUGCUUAUUGAAUGGAUACAAUUACAAUUAGGAUUAAAUUCUUCAAUAUUAACUAAAGAAAAAUUUUCUCGAGAUUAUUCUCUAUAUGUUUUAUUAGCUUUUGGAAUUAUUGUUCUUGGAACUUUAAUUAAUACAUAUUCGGAUCUUUAUUUUCAUCCAUUAGGUGUUACUUAUGCUUGUAUAAGUGUUAUAUGUAAUGCAUUAUAUCAAGCUAUGGUACAAAAUGAUAAAGCAUCAUCAACAUAUGAACGUACACAUUUUCUACAAAAUCAAACAAUAACAUCAGCUUUUAUAUUAUUACCAUGUUGGAUAUUUAUUGAUUCAUCAUUUGAAUUCAAUUGGUAUGUUUUAUUUCAAUGGAAUCUAAUGAUUUUAAUAUUUAUAUGUGGUUUACUUGCAUUUAUUGUUAAUUCAAGUGUUAUAUGGUGUAUAAAAGAUGAUGCUGCUAUUGGAUAUAAUAUGGUUGGACAAUUAAAAACUUUAUUUAUUGUAUUUGUUGGAUCAGCAUUAUUUGGUGAAAUAUUAACAAUAAAACAAAUUAUUAGUGUUUUAUUUACAACAAUAGGUUGUUUAAUUUAUGUUUAUAUUACGUAUAGAACUAAAGAACAACAAAAACAUCAACAACCAUUAUUAGUAAAUAAUAUUUGA